GCCCGUCGCAUUGGGGAUAACAUGUAUCCUUGGAACGGCGCCCCAUCCAUACCACGACAGCCCCGCAAAAUGUUAUGCCAUCUCCGCUACCUGUAAUCUCUGAGGUGAUGCUAGAAUGCAGCCACCACCUGUUUUCCUAAUGGCUCCCCCUAACGUCGGCAUGUGAAGUCGAGAGGCCGUUGUGGAUGCCAUGCAACCAACACCAGAUAGCAGCUAUGGGGAUGUCGCGAGCUGCUAGAUCGUUCGUUCUGGCGGGAUAUAAAACAGGACGGCCUCGACCGUUAUCUGCAUCUCUUUUCCCGUUCUUGCUCCUCACCCUUAACAUCGUCAACAACCUUCAAGGACUAAUAACACUCGCUCUUUGCCCACCAUGAAGUUCCUCGUCGCCCUCCUGGCCCUGCCCGCCGUCCUGGCCGCUCCCACCGAGCUCGCUGCCCGCCAGAACCCGCCUCACUAUGUCCAAGACAACGUCGCCUGCGCCUGCGUUAACGCCUCGGGCGCGGUCGACCCCUCCAUCAGCUGCCCGUACGGCGAGAAGCUGAAUGACGAGGCCGGCCCCCUGGGCUUGGCUGGAUACUGCGUCCCCGUCUCUGCCUUUAGCGCACCGAUGGACAAAAUCAUGGAGCCGCUCUACUUUUGCCAGCAGUACGCGGCCGAGGGCUUUAAAACGGUCAACUGCAAGACCGUCAAGCAGUGCCUGCGCUUUCCCACCUGCCCCAGUUUCAGUAAAGAGUACGACGUUUGCGGCAUGCCGCCCAAGACCCCGGGGCCUUACUGCUACUAGGGAGGAGGAGAUUGAGAGUCGACGAUUGGAGUCCGCACCACAGACUCCAGCAAAAGGCCCCAUUUCGAUCUUGUUUUCGGAGAAGUGGGAGCAUAGGGGUGGGGGAGGCGACGCUGUAGCAUUUGUAAACGUGGGCUAGAUCUUGCCCUUCUCCGCCGUGGCAUAUGGUUUGGCUCCUGUUAACCGGUACUCAAGUUACUCGUUGCCCACUUACUCCGCUGUUAAAUUUAAUCGCUCAACGGUAUCCCAAUUACUCCCGCGCAGCACAGUUUGAUGGCUAUUAGAUGGUCCCCAAGUGACACCCUGCG